AUGGCCACCCCACCUGCCGAAUGUCGUAAUUAUCCCCCCGACGAUUACCACAGCCCCAAGUUCCCGUCCCUCUGCUGGCCUCCUCAAAAUCAGUACUGUGCCUUAUAUUCAGUCUGGGACUCAUGGCGAUAUACACUCCUUUGGACCCUAAUCCUCUAUGCUGUAUUCCAUUUCGGAGCCGUGGGCAUCGCCUUCGCAAUGCAGAUCGGAAAGCCGCGAUUCGUAUGGAAGUACAUGCUGGCCGUCCCAGCUAUAUACGCCUUAGUUGCUGGGGCCGAGGCGUUGUUUACCGGUAGCAUUGUUGGACUAAUGCUCGGCGCUAUCUACAUCUCCGGAUGCUACCAGAUGCCGACCUGGAUACCGUUCAUCUGGGGGUGGAUAAAUGUCUUGGUCUUGAUCGUCUCCUCCUUCACCAUUCAAGGAGGUCUAUAG